AUGUCACUUUCCAACCACGGCAGCAGCUACCACAACAGAAAGAAGUCUCCGCCGAAGUCACCCCCAAAGUCUCCCACUCCAAGCAGUCCUCUACCUAAACUGGCCGCCAAGACAGCCCAUGCCUUUCAUGCCAUGGGACACGGCAUUGAAAAGGCCGCAAAGACCGCCGCCGCUCCCAUUCAAAGAGUGAUUCCUCACCACCAGAACAAAAGAAAUGAAGGCCUCGUCAAGACCAAACAAGGAUCCAGGAACCGCAUUGGACUCUUUGAUGAAUUCAGUACCUUUGAAGACGAUGACGCCGACAAAGACGGUGACGCUUCUGUCAUCAGUUCCACUCCAUCCGAGACCAAAAACAUCAAAUUUCAAGCACACGAUUUCCAUGGACAACACAGCAACAACUUUUACAAGUACUACUCCAUGGGGAGAUUGAUCUACAAGACACGGUUUUGCCGCGUCAAUGUUUGUCGCUCGUACUUGACCAAGCAAGAACGGGUCGUCAAGGUUGUAAGGGAGACCACGUCGGAAUGCCACGAAUUUGAAAUUCUCAAAGAUUCCGAUCAUCCCAAUGUCCCAACCAUGUACGAAGUCUUUCAGGGCAAGAACAAAAAUGAAUUCUUUCUCGUCAUGAAAUAUUGUCAAGGAGGAACUCUGUUGGAUUUGCUGCACGGUAAUACACAACGCCCUAUUAUUGUUGGCCCCCCUCGUAUAUUGGAAGGUGGAAAAGUCAUUGGUGGAUUUGUCCAGGGACGCUUCAAGAAUGGAGCCGACAUGCUCACUACCAUUGCCACGGAAGGACCGCCCCGGCCCAUUCGAUCUUGCGAAAAGCAGGACGAACAACCCUCGUCCACCCGAGCCACCACAAGAUCUACAGCCUUGACACCGCCCGCUCCGUGGCGAGAUGACACCGAAUGGGAUGUCACGGGAGCCAAAGGCUCGCAUAAGACGGUCAUGAGAGGCUGCUCUCCUACACGCAAGGAUAGAUCUCCCACACGCAAGUCUCCAACUCGAAAUAAUAAUGAUAGAUUACCAACUGCUCGCAAGGGUAGAUCCCCCACACCCAAGGACAAAGAUCCACCACGCAAGAGGCAUUCGUAUCCCAACACUCAUACACGAAAAAGUCCAAACCGAAAAAGUCCCAACAGACAAAGUCCCAACUCGAGACAAAAUCCUCCUAUUCCGAGACAUGACAAUCCACAGGAAGACGACGACUGCGAGGAUGAGGACAAUAUAGCCGAAGAUCCCCAUGAACACAUUCGUCGCAAGUUUGGAAACCAAAAACAAAAGCAAACACACUGUAAGAGCCCCUUAUCCGAAGCAGACGCCAAACUCAUCAUGCUACAAUUAUUGGCAGGUCUUUGCUACUGUCACGACAAUGGCAUUGUCCACUGUGACGUCAAGCCCGGAAACCUCAUGUUCAACUACCCCAAAGAUAUUAGUUACAUCACACUCAUUGACUUUGAUACCUCCUUUCGACAAAAAUCUCCCGACGACACCAUGAACUACCAACGCGCGCCAGGAACCGGACAAGAUGCCGCCUAUCUGGCACCUGAAGUGGUCCAAGAGUUUCCUCAGUACAAUCACAAAUCGGACGUGUGGUCUGCCGGCGUGACACUCUACAAAAUGCUCUCCAACACACUCCCCUUUGUCGAUAGUCCUCACGAUACCGAGGAAGAUAUUCGUCGCAAUAUUCUGUCGGGUCGACCCGUCAUGUUCCCCGACGAGCAUUGGGGUAGUAUUUCCCGAGACGCAAAGGAAUACAUUGCCUAUCUCUUGAAUCGUCGUCCUGCCGAUCGUCCCAGUUCACGAAACGCCGUGAAUCACAUUUGGUUGGCCUCGGCACGAGAACAAGUGGCCAGCGUCUUGGACCCAAAGCUGGCGGACGAGUCGGGAGCCGCCCGAGUGCUGCACAAUCUCCGCAAAUUCAAUGCCGCCGAUACCAAAAUGAAAGAAGCCGUCUGUGCCUUUAUCGCCACACACUUAUUGACGACCGAAGAAGUUCGGACCAUUGACCGCGUCUUUCAAGCAUUGGACACGCAACGCAAUGGCAAAAUUCAUCGAUUCGAACUCAAACAGGCGUACUACAAGGUCUACAACAAGUUCAUUACCGAAAAGGAACUUGACAAGCUUAUGCAACGAAUCGAUCUCAACGGGAACAAUGUGAUUGCCUAUUCCGAGUUCAGAAUGGCUGCCGUGGACAAGCAUGAUCUUCUGAGCAAACAACGACUCAAGAAUGCCUUUGAUUUGUUUGAUAAGCAGGGGAAAGGACACGUGACACAUGAUGAGGUUCGAAACAUGUUUCGUUUUAUGGACAUGGAUAUGAAUUACUUGACAAAGAUCCUCCUUCAAGUAGACAAGAACAACGAUGGGGAGAUAUCCUUUGAUGAGUUUGUCUUGAUGAUGACGGACAGUGGACUGCACAAAUCUGCCACGCCUAAGUAG